AUGGCGGAGGAACCAUCUGCCAAGCGUCCCCGUGGUGAGACGUCCGACAAGACCACCGAGGUCGAUGACGUUCAGGUCCCCGGUCAGAAGCUCGACUACACCAGGUACCUCAAGGAGGUUGACAUCCAUGGCAAGGAGAAGCUGGAUGUCGUAUGCACCAGCAAUCUAGAUGAAGCAGACAAGAUGAUCACCGGGAUCAGGAAGAGGGUCGGCGGCUUGUACCCUCGGUACAUCGGCGUUUAUGUGGAGUAUACUAGGGAAGACGAACCUCUGCAGAGGGCAGUAGUUCUACAGUUAUGCGUGGAGGAACUCUGCCUCGUAUACCACAUCACCGUGGCAACAAAAUGGUGA